UAUGAUUAUCGUAUGAGACCUGAAGAAAAAACUAUUGUAAAUUUAUCAAUAUUAAUAUUAACAUUAUCAUCACCGGAUGAAUCAAGUGUUACAUAUGAAAUUGGUUUUGUAUUGAUGCAACAAUGGUAUGAUCCACGUUUACGUUUUGAAUUACCAAAAAUAUUACAAAAAUCAAGUGAAUCAAAUUCUAUUUAUUUGAAUGGUUUGAAACAUGCUGAUCGUAUUUGGAUACCGGAUACUUAUUUUAUAAAACAUGGUGAAUUUCGUGAACAAACUGAUCAAUUUGAUCCAUUACAUAUAACAUUGAAAAUAUUUCCAAAUGGAACGGUUCUGUAUACUACACGUCGUAAUAUGGUGUUAACUUGUGAAGGUAAUCUACGUAUAUUUCCAUUUGAUAGUCCCAAAUGUUUUUUCGUAUCACAUGAAAAAGAUCAAAUACGUUUACAAUGGGAUGAUAAAGUGCCUAUAAAAACAUCCGAUUCAUUAAAAACAAUUAAUGCAUAUAUGAUACGUAAUGAAACUAAUCGUUGUAAUAAAAGACAUUCAUGGCGUAGAGAAUUUAGCUGUUUAAGUGUAUUAUUAGUAUUUUCACGUGAUCAAUCAUUUUAUUUUUCAACCGUUUUCGUACCGGGUAUGGUUUUAGUAACAAGUUCAUUUAUUAGUUUUUGGUUGGAUGUUAAUGCCGUACCAGCACGUGUUAUGAUCGGUGUAACGACUAUGUUAAAUUUUUGUACAACAACCAAUAGUUUUCGUUCAAAAUUACCUGUUGUUUCGAAUUUGAAUGCAAUGAAUCUAUGGGAUUUUGUUUGCAUGUUUUUUAUCUAUGCAUCAAUGAUUGAAUUUAUAAUUGUUAAUUAUAUUUAUCGUAAAGGUAAUCAACAACAACAACAACAACAAAAACAACAACAACAACAAUCACGAACAACAAUGCAACAACAACAACAACAAUCAAGACAUAAUAGUUUUACAAAACACGAUUUUAAUUUUCGUAAUAAGAGUAUUCGAAGUAUUUGUAGCCGUGCACCAGCCGCACCACCACCACCACCAAUACCAGUAGAAUCAUCAUCGAUAAACAUAAUGGAUAUGCCAAAAAGAAAAUUUCGUCGUCAACAAACAACCGAAUUGGAUAUACGUUUGGCUAAAAGUGGUAAUUUUGCUACUUCACAAACUAAAACAACAACAACAGGUAGUACAGAGGCAACAUCAUCUGGUUUAGUAAUGACAACAACCGGAACCGGUACUGAUACUGGUUCUGAAAGUGAAUCAAUUGAUCAUCAUCAUCAUCAUCACCAUCAUCAACAACAUCAACGUUCAACAGCAGCAACAACCGGAAUACCAAAUCAAUCAUAUCGUGUUCGUUUAACCAAUACUAAUCUAACCAAUACGAAUAAUAUUAUGCAACCAACAUUAUCCGAAGAACAAGAAUUAUCGGAAAAAUUAUCCGUACAACAAAUGAAAAAUAUUGUUAUGGAAUGGAUCCGUCGACCAUAUCUGUUUACAGCCAAUGAACAAUAUAGUAGUAAUGAACAAUUAGCUCGUUCGAUUGAUCAUAUAUCCAAAACAAUUUUUACAUUAACAUUUAGUUUAUUUUCAUUUUUUUAUUUUCUUACAUAUGCAUUUAUUAAACCAUCACAAUUAGAUGAUUGGAUUGAAAAAGAAUUUGAAUCAUCUGAUUGGUGA